UGAGCAAGGAGAGACAAGCUACAUCAAGGCAUGCACGGGAGAGAGAGAGAGAGAGUCUGGCCAGCCAGUACGUAGGCCAAUGAGAUAUCGAUGUAACCAACCGACCUCUAGUUUCUAUUCUUUGUUUUCUUUCUUCACUGCGUGAACACAUGGCACGUGAAAUCAAUCAGUUAUUGUACAGAACAUUAAACACUCACUUGAUACUUUAAAUUAUAGAUUUGUUUCAGUAAAGCGAUAGAUUGAAUCUGCAGAUUAUGUACAACUGAAAAACUUUAUAAACGCUAAAGAAUAAAUGACAGGUUGUUAAACUAAACAAAAGAUUAAGCAGAUAUCGUUAGAAUUGUUUGAUCAAAACUUUCCUUGGAUUAAUUGUAUGCAGUUGAUAAAAAACAUUACCAGUUGUUCAAUUCAAAAGUUCAACAAAGAAUGGUGGUAGCCAGGCCAAUGCAAUUCUUACUUCUGCUGGUAUAUGUUGUACACGUGACGUCCGCAAACAAUAACUUUCGUGUUCCAUAUAACUACAACGAUGAUCCGAACAUGUUUCUGACAGACGAACAACGACUCCUGAAAGCCUUAACCACCAACUACGACCCUGCGGUCAGACCUGUGUAUAACUCCAAGCAAGCUGUGCUCAUUAGACUUGGGAUUACCCUGACUCAGAUUAUUGACGUGGAUGAAAAGAAUCAAGUGUUGACUACGAACGUUUGGUUGGACCAGGAAUGGACGGAUGAGAAGCUGAAAUGGAACGUCACGGAGUACAAUAACAUCUCAAUUCUGCGGAUGCCUUGUGAUUACCUUUGGCUCCCAGACAUCGUCCUCUACAACAGUGUAGACAACCAUAACAAAGGCUACAUGAAGAGCCUGGCCAUGGUCCACAGCGAUGGGACAGUCUUUUGGCCGCCCAUUGUGCGCAUGCGCAGCUCCUGUAAGAUGGACAUCACCUUCUUUCCUUUUGAUGACCAACUGUGCGGACUUAACCUUGGCUCUUGGGCUUACGAUGGUUUCCAGGUUGAUGUAACCAACAGAUCAGAGAAUGUUGACCUGUCCAAUUACGUUGACAACGGCGAGUGGGAACUGUUAGGAACUAAGAUCAUCAGACGAGUCAAGAAUUACACCUGCUGCCCUGAGCCUUAUGUCGAUGUGACAUUUUACAUAAUGAUUCGACGUCGAGUCUUGUACUACUUCUUGAACGUGAUCAUUCCCUGCAUGCUGCUGUCCAGUCUGUCCCUGACCGGCUUCCUACUGCCACCAGACUCCGGGGAGAAAGUGACCCUUGGCCUGACGGUGCUGCUGGCUUUCUCUGUUUUUAUGUUGUUGGUUGCAGAGAACAUGCCACCGACAUCAGAGUAUAUCCCGCUGAUUGGUAUUUAUUUGACUGUUAUCAUGGCAAUGUCAGCGCUGUCUGUGGCCCUGUCAGUGUUUGUCCUCAACUGCCAUCACCGGGGCACCAACAUGAGGCGCCCACCUAAAGUGGUCCGAAAGCUGGCAGUGGUGUUUGCCAAAGCCUUCUGCAUGAGGAUAAUGCAUAUAAACCGCGCCAAUAUGAACAACAACAACAGCAGACAACACUACUCAGAGGAGCUGUUUCAACCUCAAUCCUCCAAGAACUCACACUUCCAGAGAAUGAAUACUCACGCAACGACCAUGAGCCACCUCGUACAAGCCCCCGGCACCUCGUUCCGCCAGGAGCAGGCGGGAGUUCGUGUCAGCUCCACACACUCAGACUGUAACUAUUCAACGGAAGGGAAUUCUUUGGGGCAGCCGGUAACGAAUAAAAAGCCACGGGAAAGCAAGAGAAGUUUAAUGGAAGCUCAGAUCUUACACUACCUCAAAGCCGUGUUAGAAGCAUACGACAAAAGCCACGGUGAGAGAACUGCUGUACUUGAGUGGCAAGAAGUGGCCAGAGUUUUAGACAAAUUCUUUUUCUGGGUGUUUGUAGUUAUUACAACACUGACCACUAUUUUCUUGUUAUUAUUAAGUCCAAUUACAAAACACGUGCAGUUCCCUAAUGAAUGAGACGGCUGCCAUCUUGUCUUGUCUUUAUAAGCUGACAACAUUUAUUUUAUAAACUACAUGGGGACAAAGAUUUUACCUGGCCUAAGCUAUAGCUAUCAGUUGCACACACAACUGAAUGCCUGUGAAUCAAGCUACAGGGAAAUAGUGCAACCUGUACGAUGGUUGUCUCAUUCAAACCUUUAAGUUAAGCUUGAACGCCUCAGUAUUGCCAGAUCUUGUCAAAAACCUGCUGGCGUGUAUGUAAGCUAACUGUGAACAACAAAAGUACUGCCGUAUUGUGUAAAUAAGAUAUGAUCAUCUUUUUUUUUUGUACAUGUUUAUAACAUAAAAUGAUUUAUUCCAUUGUUUAGUGCUGUACUGGAUGUUGGUCUGUAGUGUUAGACUGGGAGGUAGUACGCUAUACACACCUGUACGCUAUCAUACAGUACAUUUUAUGUACUCGAUAACAUGUUUAUGGAUAGGUAGGACACCGAGAUAGUAACAAAGCAUUUCAACGCCUUAAUUAGCUUCUUUAGUUAAACUUAUUAUUAACAUUCUUAUUUCGAUUUAUUAUUCCAUUCUCAAUAUGCCGAUAUUCAAUUAAUGUAGGCCUACAGUGCCUAGUUGAAUAUGUUUUUAACUAUAGUGAAUUAAAUUGUUAAAAACUAAGGGCCGAUAACAAAUGUCAUGCUUGUGAACUUCGUUCUGGACUAUAAUGGACAUCUGGUUUAGUGUUGCAUUAUAGCCACCAUAAGAACUCAUGGUCAUCCUACUGGGUACAACCCAUACAAAGUACUAUAUAUAAAUCAAAUUUCUUUUUAAGUUUAGCCACGUCAGUUCCAGAAACAAAGUGAUCACUGACAUUUCUUGACUUGAAAUGUAUUUAUGGUUUAUGGAGACAUUGUCUUUCAUUAAGAAAUAUGAACUCAUCCAUCCUUUCUUUCUAUCUUCUCAUUUUUCCAAUAUUCUGCUGCACAGUGAUGAAAUUCUUUUUAAAUUAUUUAUAUAAAUAAAGAUUGCCUGGGACUAUAUACUGGUACUACAGAUUAAAAUCAAGAAACUUUUUGGUCAAAAUAAAGUUUAUUGCAUAGAAUAUUUUAAUGCAGUGUUUCCCAAACUUGUUUUGCGGACUAGAGUCUAGUCCCGAAUAGGUGUUCACUGAACUACUGGAAUAAUAAACUAGUAAGACUCCACAUGAUUUAAUCUUUCUAAAAAUAAGCAGUGUUCCACUAAAUACUCAGAAUGUGUGAAGUGUUCCGUGAAGGAAAAAGUUUGGGAAACACUGUUUGAAUGUAUCAAGUUACAGAAAUGUGUUAUGUCAAAAUGAUAUCCCAGUCCACCAAGUAGAGAAAAAAAUUAAGAACAAAUCAGUAAGCACUCAUCAACUCUGACAUAUAAAGUAAUUCUAAGUAAGUCACCUGAGAGGUAAGCUAUGAGUUCUAAACAUGAGAUGCAGCCUACAUACACAUUUUUUAAUGCAUUUUUUAAAGUAUUUAUUUCUACCAUAUACAAAAUGACAUCUUGGACACAAUAUCCUACUUACAAAAUGACAUCUUGGACACAAUAUCCUACUUACAAAAUGACAUCUUGGACACAAUAUCCUACUUAUAAAAUGACAUCUUAGACACAGUAUCAAACUUGUUAUGCAGUUGUUUAUUUUAGGAACCUGCCUAUCCCACUACUUAUAUCUGUCUAUUGCCAUUAGAGGGUGCUACAUCAGGUCAAAUCCUCAUAAGGUUUUAAUUGUUUACGUUCAUUGGAGCUGAGUGAAACCUCUCAAAGGAACACUAGCCUAUACAAAUGUGGCAUGCACAAAGUAUCAAAAUAUAAAGCUUUUAGCACUUAGACAAUCAUCUUGACAUUAAUCAUUGUUACAAUAUCAAUUCAAUAGCAAUGGCAAAACAAGAUUUUUUAAAUCAGAUAAAUGUGACUAGUUUAUUUAUAGCCUAUGAAUGCUUUAAUUCCUGGGUUGGGUUGAGAAUCGUACACACAUUUACAACUAAAACUAAAUAUGAGUAUUGACAAUUGAACAAAAAAAUGGACUCAGAUAAUUAAAACUAAAUGUCAAACAAACAUAUCAUAACACAGUACAAAUACAGUGUUAACAAAUACAGUGUUACAUAGAGACAAAAUACUGCUUGAGGUUUACAGCAAAUAAUUCCAGCCAUUAACCAACAUUUAACAUGGUCAAGUCUAUAACAAACAAAAUUUGCUAGUGUGAUUAUUAUGAUUAAUUAUGUCAUGAUACAUGUACAGAUAAGUUUGUAAAAUACAUCACUUUCUUAAACCAGUGUAAACCUACAAUGAAUGAUUGCAUUAAAUGUUUUCACUUAUUCUGCAUUUAGCUCCAUACACUACCACUUCUAAUUCAAAGAUUUGUAGAUAUAUCAAAAGUUUAUAUAUAUAUCUAUAUAUAUAUUGCAACAUUGAAACAAUAAAGCUAGGCUUCCUUCAGAGUAUUGAAUUGGUUAGAACUGUAUCCAGAAGACUUAAAGGUCAAGAAGUGUUGUAAAAAACUUUGAUUUUUUUACUAAUGGUUGGAAUCUCAAUACCGGUACUCUGAAAGAAGCCUAGCUUUAUUGUUGUAGUGUUAUAAUAAUAUAUAUAUAUGGAUA